AUGCAGUAUGUCCUCCCCGCUGGAUCUGCUGAGGCCACCAGCAUCGACUGCCGGUGGAGGGACCAGUUCAUCCUGAACACUUCGCAGGUGGCAGCAUCUGGCAGCGUGCUGUAUGUUGUCGGUGCUCGCGCUUUGGCUUACUCUGACCCUGUGCCCAGUGGCGUAGGAAUUGCCGGCACGGUGGUGCGCAACGCGACGGGGAACCUGUGGCAGCAGCAGUUGCCGCUGAACCUGACUGCGCAAGCCAAAGCGGGCUGGAACAAGAUCACGCUGCAAGGCAAAGCGGACUCAAUCAACACUCUCACAACGUCAAGUGGCCUACUCCAGCAGACCACGGGUGUAACCAGCAUGACGCUGUCCGCAGCCACCGCAGCCGACCAGCCCUUCCUGCUGCUCUCAUUUGAUCUGUCCUUCCUGGCUGCCAGAGGCGUCACGAUCAUCAAUGCCACGGUGUUCCUGAGACUGACGGCAACUGGCGGAGCGGCCAUGACGCAGGACGUCGUUGGUAGCGGCCGGCUGCUGCCAGCCAGAGACACCAAUGGCUAUGUGGAGCUACGGCUCGAUGCGAAGUAUGCCGGCCGCUACGCCGGCAAGUCCCGCCUCCUGCAACUGGCAGUAGCGAUGGCCCGGCUUCCCGGCGGCCACCAGCGCCUGCUGGGUGUCGUGGCAGCGGCGGUGCUGCUGGUGAUGCUGAUCGGCGCGGGCACCGGCACGCUCCCACCCGUGCUGGACGCCACGCCUGCUGCCACGGGCAUUUUCGCCACCUGCGUGGCUGCGGUGUACUGUUGCCCGUGGCGCCCUCGCCAGCGCCGCUCGCGCCCCUUCCCUUGGCGGCGCGCCGUGGAUGAAGGGAGCGAUGAGGAUGUGCCUCCUCGGCGCAUGCGGCGCAAGGCGGCUGUGAAGGCAAACCGCGGCGAGUGGCUCUGGCUCGUGAUACGCGCCUUUGCCAUGGCCGUUGUUUAUUGA